ACAGCCUUACCUGUGUCUCUUUAUAUAUAUCCUACUGUACAAUGUUACAACUGCUGUAAAUAUGGACAUGUAAAAAAUCAGUGUCGCUCAACCCCAAGGUGCUCAAAGUGUGGUAAAGGGCACACUAGAGAGUCCUGUGAUGUAGAGGAGGAAGAAUAUAAGUGUUGUUUGUGUGGAGGAUGCCAUGAAGCCACAACCUCUUUUAAAGGUCAGCAAUGGAGGUAAACGAAGAGGAAGAAAUUGAACAUGAAACUCAAAACAUAGAAACUAAAUACCCCUUACUACCGUUUGAAAAACAAAUCUUCAUUGAUAUGUUCGAAAAAGAUGCUCUGCUUAUAAUGGCAAAGGGACUCAACUAUACCUCAAUACUAUCAAAUCUAUUGUGGGUAUUCAAAGAUCCUGGAAACUUAGUGCUAGUUAUAAACAGUGGCGAAUAUGAAGAAAAACUCCUCACUGAGAAAUUCAACCUGACGGCAUUGCCUGCUCUUGGAACAGAAAGAGAGAAAGCUUAUUUGGAAGGAGGCAUCUACUUUGUGUCAACUCGCAUAUUGGUGGUAGACCUGUUGAAGGACCGUGUGCCAAUCUCACACAUCACUGGCAUAAUUGUGCUAAGAGCACACACUGUGUUGGAAUCUUGCCAGGAAGCGUUUGCACUGAGGUUGUAUAGACAAAAAAAUAAGACAGGUUUCAUCAAGGCAUUUUCCAACUCGCCUAUAUCCUUCACAUUUGGAUACCAUCAAGUAGAAAAGGUUAUGAGGGCACUCUUUGUCACUGAACUGUUCUUAUGGCCUAGGUUUCAUGGUGCGAUUAUCAAAAGUCUUAAAAGCAGGAAGGCUGAAGUUGUGGAGUUGCAUGUGCCAAUGACCACAAACAUGACAUUCAUCCAAACUUGUCUACUGGACAUCAUGAACUACACUGUCAAGCAGUUAAAGAGUAUGAAUAGAACUUUGGAUAUGCAGGAAAUAACAACAGAAAAUUGUAUGACUAAGAAGUUCCACAAAAUUCUCCAGUCACAGUUGGAUUGUGUUUGGCAUCAGCUAAGCACCAGAACUAAGGAAUAUAUUCAAGACCUCAAAGUUCUUAGAAGUAUGAUUAUAAACCUCAUUCAUGAUGACUCUGUGUCAUUUUACGCCCUUGUUAGUAAAUACAGAUCACCGGAAUAUGCCAAAAUAAACUCGGGUUGGAUACUCUUAGACUCUGCUGAGCAGUUAUUUACAUUGGCCAAAAACAGAGUGUUUAACUCCAAAAAUGCAUUUGAACCAGAACCGUGUCCUAAAUGGAAAUGUCUCAGCGAUUUAUUACUAGAUGAGAUACCAAAAGAAGUAAGGACUACACAAAAUAGCUCCUUAAAUAAAACCAAGAUACUUAUACUGUGUCAAGACAAUAAAACUUGCAGCCAGUUGAAUCAUUAUCUCACCAUGGGCGCCAACAAAUACCUCUUCUACACUGCUUUUAGAAGAGAUAUUACUAUAAAUAAAUUGUCAUCAAAAUUCACUGGUUUCAAAAACCAAUUACCUACUGAUAAAGUAGUUAAAAAAGAGAAAACGAAGAAUUCCAAACAGAAUGACAAUAAAAAUGUUCAGAAAGAAGAUAUUGAUACAAAAAGUGAACUAGAAGAUGAUGAUGAAUUUAAUGUAGAUGAAUCAAACAAAUCCAAUUAUGUGUUAACAUUGACACAAGUCGCAUCACAGGCCCACACAAGCAAAGAUACAAAUGAAAGUAUGUUUGAGCCUAUUUCUCAGCUGGACAAUCUAGAUAUAACACAAAUCGAAGCUGAAAAACCCCUAAUUUAUAUACAAACAUUCAAAGAAAAUGGAAAUCACCUUUCACUAGAGAAGACCCUAGAAACGUUACGGCCAGAAUACAUUAUAAUGUAUCACAGUGAUAUAUCCGCAGUAAGACAGAUAGAAAUAUUUGAAUGCAAGAAAAAGGCUGAAGAACCAGUGGCUAAAGUGUAUUUUAUGAUUCACGACAAAACUGUGGAAGAACAAGCAUACCUCACUGCCUUGAAGAGGGAGAAACAGUCCUUUGAAUUGCUUAUUCAAACCAAAUGUGUAAUGGUUGUUCCUUCAUAUCAAGAUGGAAAAACUGAUGAAUACUUCAAUAUGAAUGUUGAAGAGGAAGAUGAUUCAAAAGACACUCGAAAAGCUGGGGGGCAAACUCAAAUUAAAGAGAAACCAGUGGUAAUAGUGGACAUGAGAGAAUUCCGCUCGGAUCUGCCCUCACUGUUGCAUAAAAAAGGAAUUAAUAUCGAACCGGUCACUAUAACCAUUGGAGACUAUAUCCUGACGCCAGAUAUAUGUGUGGAAAGGAAGUCGAUAUCGGACCUGAUCGGCUCUCUCAACUCGGGCCGCCUUUAUACCCAGUGCACGCAAAUGUGCCGUAACUACAGCCGCCCAGUCCUACUUAUAGAAUUUGACCAGAAUAAAUCCUUUAACCUACAGGGGCAUUUUGUGGUGUCUACCGACAUAUCGGGUGCAGACAUCCAACAGAAAUUGCAACUGCUUACGAUACAUUUCCCAAGACUGAAACUAGUGUGGUCACCCAGCCCGUAUGCGACUGCCGAGCUAUUUUACGAACUUAAGCAAGGUAGAAAAAACCCAAACGUGGCCGAGGCGCUAGCACUUAGUGGAGAGAACACCGCAGACGAUAUGAAUUACGAGAGGUACAACGUGAUGGUUCACGACUUUGUACAGAAGUUGCCUGGCGUGACUUCCAAGAAUAUAACUAGAAUCAUGAACAAAGGAGUGUCGCUCGACCAUUUAAUUACUCUCACACUGGAACAGUUAACAGAAAUUAUAGAAAACAAAAAUGAAGCAGAAUCAUUGUACUCAAUACUACAUGUGGAAGCGAAACCUGCGGAUGUUACCGGUAAAGACGAUAAACCAUACGGCAAGAGGAAAUUCGCAGGGAAAUUGUUCAAAAGUAUAAAAUAAUACCAAUGUUUUCUAGUUUUAGGUAUUUAUUUUAUACAGUAUAUUAAGAUUUAAGGUCCAUUAUUUUGAAUACAAAUAUCAAUAAAUUUACUAUUUUUAUAAACAUGUGACUCUGAAUAAUUGCCUCCAGUACGGUGUUAAUUAUUUAUGACAAUUUAUACAAAUAUUAAAGUUGAGAGUAUAUGUAUCUAACGCCAAGUACCUAGAACAAAUUUUUGCCUUUUAAUGGGCAUUAGCGACUGCCAAAUCUCGGGACAGAACUACUGUUGUAAAUACAUUAUAGAGGUCAACACUUAGUAGACACAUAGUCAGCUUUUCAGGAUGGCGGCUUAAAGCUUCGAAUUUAUGAUAUUUCACAUCUUGUUACUGCUUCCUGCCUUAAACAAGUUUACCAUUACCAGGAUUUUUUCUUACUAUCUGGGCCUACAGAAGGUAUUCACAUGUCAAGUACAAAUAGUAUAUUAUGUGAAUGAGACAUAUUGAAGUGAAAUAUAUUAAAUUCGAAGCAUGCUUCCGCCAUCUUGAUGCUUACGGAUAUAAAUAUGCACGACAACAGGACGGCUAAGUGGCCGCCCGCCCUGGUUUUGUCCCUUGGCACUCCAGACUCUGUCCACAAAGAUUAUCUUGUCUACAAUGCCCGAUUAUUGUUUGAUGAAAUAUGUUACUAACAAUGAAAGGCACAUACGACUAAUGAAGUACUAUUAUACACAAACCAAUCUAUUUUAAACUAAGGCAGAAAAAUGCUUGCCACUGUUAUUUUAAGAAUAUGUCUGCAGGCUGUAGAGAAGUGGCUUCAUUUCAUGCAUUUGAUUUAUACAUCUGGUUUGGCGAUACAUGUCUUUACAAUUAAAGAUAAUAAACAUUUUAACUUACUACUUCACAUUAUGCAACAAAUCUUUGAAAACCCUGAAAAUAAAUAAAAUCUCUACAGCUAACAGUCAUUAAAAUUUGAAGAUGCUUUGCAUUUUACAUUUGUAAGCCACAAAUCAUUUGAAUAGGAUUACUUUUUACAAAAAUAUCGUCAUGGAUAUAAAUUUCAAUAAAUAUAAGCGUAAAAUUAACUUACUUAAGGUUUAUCACAAUUUUACAUAGAUUUGUAAAGCUACGAAUCUUCAGGGUCUGCGAGGUUUCCAUGCCGAUCGUGCCGACAGGCAUAAAAGGAUCAUCGCGCCAAUGAUUGAGACACAAAUGAGAACGAAUGGGAUACGUCACUCACGGUAUUGGUGGUCCUUGUCAGUGAGAGGGACGUAGAUCACGCUCAUCAACUUCUUCACUGUAGUGGUGCCAUCAGCUGCCUUGUCCACCUGAAAUAAGGAUAGUUUUAAUAACGGCCUUCACAAGCCAUAGGCCGAAAACUAAAAUGCCUUAUAUGAUGUUAGAUCAGCCAUAGUGAACAUGGAUAUGAAAGAAAGAAAAAGCAUAGCUUUUUUUGCAAUGUUCUACUAAAGAAAUCUCAACUGAUAUUAAUCUAAUAUAAAAAAUUGUGAAAGAUCUUACCUGCGUGAGGUGUUGUUCGCCACCCUCUGGCCCCACUGGAACUAUCAGUCUACCUCCAGGUUUCAACUGUUCAAUCAACUGAAAAGUAGACAACUAUUAAAUAUGUAUAUAUUGUGGCGCAUAAAUGUUUUUGUCAUAAUUUAAAUUAUCAUAAUCCUUUUUUUUUAUAAUUUUUACAAGGCAUAACAGUAGGUUAGGGUGCGGCGGUGGUGGCCCUUGGGCCACCCCUACGCCGCCAGUAUGUUUAUCUUACACACGAAAAGUAUACUGAAUGAUGACCAAUGGCAUGAAAUAGUGUCAAAAAAUAUGACGACGACUUCAAAGCGAGAUGCAGUUACGGCGUAUAUGUCAACUACAUCAACACUCCGUUAAUCGAAAUGACUUUUUAAUUUUUAAUUGACUUUUAAACAUUUUUGUACUUUGUACUAGAGUAAUACAUUAUUUCCUACCUUA